AUGAGCCGGAAACCGUGAAGAAGCAGCGCCGAUGACGCAGGUCCACGAUGGCGGUGCAGGUGGAGUUGUGCUGUUUGGAGAGUUUCCCGCCGCAGCUGAGUCCUCUGGAUGUGCUCAUAUUAACAUCUGACCUGGGUUCAGUCUUCCACAAUGACCCCGACCCACCGACCGUCGUCCUCAGCCCGCAGCGGCCGCACGGUGCCCAGAGUCCGGGCAUCUUACUGCGCGUCCACCCGACCACCGAGGAGGAGACUGCGGGCUGCGGAGGACCAGCCCCCCCCGGCCGGCUCCGGGUGUUCACCAGCCGCCUCUUCACAGUUGGAGCUCCUGGUCCUGGACUGCAGUCCUGUGACUCAGGGCCGGAUCACCGCAGACACGUCUCUGGUUCUGAUGGACUGCUGCGACCCGGCGGACCCCCCGGCCCCCCCGGGACCGGCCCCGCCCUGCAGACCGCUCAGACUGUGUGUGUCGGACUUCGCUCAUUACGCCGACGGCCUCGGAGGGGGGCGGUCUCUCCUGGACAACAGGAACUCUCUGGGCUCGGGGUUCUCCGGCGUCCUGCAGGCUCUGGAGGGCCGGCUGGAGGUCCAGGUCGGGGACCCUCGGCGGUGGCUCGGGGGUCAGCCGGUGGGCGCCGUGGACGUGGACGGCUGCGUGUUUGUGAGCACACAGCUGCUCCUCAGGCUGGGGCUGUUCAACCGGGAGUGGGUGAGGCUGUGGCGGCCGGGCGGAGCCUCCAGACCGGAUCCCAGAGAGCGGCUGGUCUCGGUGCUGGUGCUGGACUUCGCUCAGAGUCCAGACCUGCAGAACCACAAUGAGGUCGGACUCGUAUCGCCGACUCUGUGGUUCAACAUGACCGACGGAGACGAGCUCCCUGAGAGGAGCUGCACGCUGAGGAUGAAGAGGUGGAAACCGUCUCCUCCGGCGCCCGGUGGGCGUCGCUCCGACAGUUUCUGUCGCUCUGCUUCUCCGCCGUUCGCCAGCGAGCUUCACAUCCAGCCGGUGGCGUCUCCGCUGUACAACAACAACAGUUGCUACGACGACCUGCUGUCCGAACACUUCAGCUCGCCCAGGCUGGUUUCACUGGGAGACAUCCUGAUGGUUCCUGUGCAGAACCAUCCAGACCUGCUGGAGAACAACUCGGAGGGAAUAAACAGGUGUUCGGUGCUGUUCUUCAGAGUGCAGAAGGUCUGUCCGUCUGCGCAGACACAACCAGAGGAAGAGGAAGAAGAGGGAGGAGCUCACCUGGCCGACAGACUGCACACCUCACUCUACAUGGUGACCUUUACUCCCCCUAGAGACCCGCUGUCUCCUAUAGAGGGCGGCCAGAAGCUCCUGGUUUGGUCUGAACCGGACCCGGAGUUCCGCAUCUACGGACCACCAGGACAGGAAAGACUCCUGCUUGCUAAAGCUGUGGCUAGCGAGGUUUCCAUGACCUUCCGUUCCAGUGUCAGCAGAGCGCGUCAGCAGCUCCCUGCGUCGUCCUUCUUCGAUGAGCCUGGACCUCCUUCUGGCUCCCAGCAGGGGCGCAGUGGAGAACUCUGGGGGGUGAUGGACAGUGAGGUUUACCUGCAGCUUGGCUCCAGGUUCCAGCUGGACUCCGCCGUCGACCUGCGGGAGGUGGUGGACCGCUGCCCCGCUCACCUGACCGGCGCUGACCUGUACGCUCUCUGUUCGGACGCCAUGACGGCCGCCAUCAAGAGGAAGAUCGCUCUCAUCGAUGCCGGGCUGGACUCGGAGGACUCCCCCGUCCUGCUCUCCGUUGAGGAUUUCUCUGCAGCGUUAGAAAACUUCCGGCCGUCAGUUUCGGACCAGGAGCUGCUGCGAUACAGAAACCUUCAGCAGAAACUGAGAGACUCAGACGACGAAGGCUCCAAGAACUUUAAUUUCUGAAAAAUCUACAUGUGCAAAACUGUAAAUAAUAAUAUAUAUAUAAUAAUAUAAAUAAUAAUGAUGUAAACAAGAAGUUAAUUUAUAAAAUUGUGAGAUUUAAUUUCUGCCAGAAGCUCGUAAAUAAACAGAUUUCUGAUUUUUCUGA